CGCGCGUACCCAGUGCACCAUUUAGACAUUUUCGUGCUAUUUUGUCUGAUACCUAACUCAGGCAGGGUCCCAAAAGUCCGACUUCCAAAGUAAGCUGACGCCCUCAACCUACCCAUUUCUCCGACUUUCUCAGAGACAUUUGGAGCGUUUGAGGCCCCAAAAAAUCCGACAUCGCGAACUACCCCUCCCCCCAAUUAUCCGGGGUCCUCGGAACACCGCCUUGCAUCAUGAUAGGACUUCGGCAUCCUUUUCCUAAGGGGCCUGACGCGAUAAGAUAAUGAAAAGCUCGAAUGAGCAUGAUUGCGCACAGGCCACUGCUGGAUUGCACUCUUCCUCGUCAGAUAUUCCAGGCACCUCCGCCACCAUCCUUCCUGACGAUGAUGAGCUCGUCGUGCGCCAAGUUCACCGGAGCUUGGAUCUCAACAGCAUGGGAAGUCGAGAUUGUUGCGGGGGCAGUGCGCACGCCAACGCCCGCGCCGCAGUGCGACGCAGGUGCGACGAGUGCGAGGAAGCGCGCAAAUCAUGCCCAUCCAAUGAACAUCAGAUACCUGCGAGUCCUCGGUGCCUGGGUCUGGAUCGCCUCGCAACGCGCUUGCCAGUCGAUGUCGGAUGAUGAGCAUGCAGCACCUCACCUGUCAAUGAACAUUCCGAAAACAGUGUACACGUCGUAGGCACGUAGCUAGAUAGCAGGGCUCCAUCGAC